AUGCGCUGCUCUGGUGCCCUCGCAGGAGCAGCCGUCGCCGUCGCCGCGAGCGCGCUCACCGUCUGCGCCGCGCCGCUGUCGACCUCGUCGGGCGCCGCGCUCUCGGACAACCUCGUCGACCUCAUCAAGCAGCGGCUCAGCGAGUCGGCGACCGACACCUGGACGAGCGGGACCCACAUGGAGGCCCUCCUCGAGCUCGACUACCCCGACCUGAGCGUGUUCGCCUCGGCGAGUUACCCUCCCUCGACUCUCGGGUCCUCGCCGCCGUCCGAGGUCGACUCGAUCGUCGCGUCCUGGGCGUCCAAGCGUUCGAGCUGGACCAAGGAGCUCGCGUGGGACAACGGCGGCGCGGCGGCGGACCCGGCGGCGCUCGGCGUCGGCUGGCUCGUCGCGGCGGCGUUCGUCGACGAGUCGACGCAGGCGGCGUACCAGUCGUACGCCGAGCAGGAGGUCAACUACCUCCUCAACUCGGUGCCGCGCUUCAGCGACGGCGCCAUCUCGCACCGACCGCCGGGCGAGGCGGCGUCGGCCUGGGCCGACUUUUGCUCCAUGGUCCCUCCUUUCCUCGCCUACUACGGCGUCGCGACGUCGGACCGCUCCAUGGUCGAGCAGGCCUACACGCAGCUCAAGCUGUACCGCUCGCACCUCCAGUCGUCGACGAGCGGCUCGUGGCGGCACGUCGUCGGCGGCGACUCGUUCACCGACGCCGGCCUGUGGAACACGGGCAACGGCUGGGCCGCUCACGGCAUCGUGCGCGUCCUCGCGACGAUGCAGAACAGCGAGUGGAACGCGACGUUCGCCAACGAGAAGGCCGACCUCGCGUCUUGGGCGACCGAGAUCCUCACGAGCGCGUUCUCGCACAUCAAGUCGGACGGCCUCCUCCCCAACUACUACGACUCGGCUUCGGGCUCGUCCUUUUCCGACGCGGCCGGCUCUGCCCUCCUCGCCGCCGCGGCGUACCGACUCGCGCAGCUUGGCGGCACGCGCAGCGCGUACCUCGUCGACUCGGCGGCGACGAUCCGCUCGGCCGUCAACCGCAAGAUCAGCUCGUCGACCGGCUGGGUCUCGCCCGUCGUCAACCCGCUGUCGUUCAAGGCACAGUCGGCGGCGAGCCCCGAGGGCGAGGUGUUUGUCCUCCUCCUCGAAGCCGCAUGGCGAGACUCCUCUGCCCUCGUCGCCCUCUCGUCCUAG